CAACAAGUACGAACCAAUUUCAGCCAUAUUGGUUGCCAAUCACAACUUUUAAAGAUUUGUCUCGACAAAAUGCCACCCAAGCCAUCUGGAAAAGGUGGCAAGAAGAAGCUGACAAAGGCUGAGAAAGAGAAACUUAAGAAGGAAGAGGCAGAGAGAAAGGCUGCAGAGGAGGAAGAGGCCAGACAGGCUGCUGCAGCUGAAGAAGAUGCACGCAAAGAAAAGGAGAAAGCCGAGGCAACAGAAAUAAGAAGAUUGGAAAAUGAAGAAAGGCGCAGAAGGAAAGCCCAGCUGCAAGAACUUUAUAACAUUAUAGACAACAAUAAGAAUAUACUCCUAAGCAGAGCUGAAGAUAGACGCAAGAAUGCAAAGUGGGCCCGGUACAUGCGCUGUGAUGGUUCUCCAGAUCCUACCAUUCCUGGUGAAAUAAAUGCUUACAUGAACCUGUGGAGGGAUAGGGAGACUGGCAAUGAUAUACAUUCUGUGCUAUCAGAUGGCAAACUAAGCCUAUCAUUGAUAGAUGAGCUAAAGUUCUUACUAAAGGACACUCCAGCUGAUGAACUGACUGAACAACAAAGAGAAAGAUACACUAAGACCAUACAAGACUUGGACAAAUUACUACAGAUGAAAAUGGACAGAUCAUCCCAUGAGUUACUUCUCCAAGCCACUGAACUUUCCAACAGUGAGACAAGUAAUUUACAGAGCACAAUCGGGAAUGAAAUCGCAACACUCUGCAUGUGGGGAAACCUCAGUAAGAACCCCAGGAUAAAAUCACACGAGUUUGAAGAAAUGGGAUUCACGUUUGAGCUGCCAAAGAUCUUAACACUGUCGGAUUGUGCAAUGAGAAUACUGUUCCUGAAUUACGAUCAUUUUUCAAUGUACUGCAAGACAUUUUAUCCAAGAAAGAAAGAGAAAAUUGUUGAAGAACCUGUUGAAGAAGAGGUUGUAGAGGAAGUGAAAGAAGAAGAGGUAAAGGAAGAGGCACCAGCAGAAGAUGAGCCAGAUUUAAAUCGAGAAAAUACAGAGGACCUAAUGGCUUCAUUAUACCAGGAUCCCAACAAGGAAGAAGAGGAGCCAAAGGAAGAAGAAGUAAAAGAAGAGGUAGAAGAACUGGAAGAAGAGUUUGAAGAAAUCAAAACACCAGAACCAGUUGAAUGGGAGGAUUUUGACGGAGAUGAAGACAUGGUCGAUCUAAGAGCCUGGUCUCCUAUUGGUCCAAUCUUCCAGUUCAAUCUCCUCCAGAUGCCGCCACAGCCUAAAGUCAUUAAGAACUGGACGAUAACCCAGAAUGUAGAACCUGAACUGGUGCCUAUGCCGUAUCUCUGUGAUACAGUCAACCCUGAAAUCCUCGCUGCCAAGGCUAGAGAGGAAGAAGAAGGAGAGCGGGAUAACAAGAAAGAUGAAGGGAAAGAAAAAAGAGAGGAGCGUCCUCCAAUUGCUGUGAAUCUCAUUUUGCCCAAGAAGAUCUACUUUUGUGAAGAACCACAAGUUGCUCGAUGGGAUGCCGAAGAGAAAUGUUGGAGAUUAGAUGGAUUCACUGACAUUUCAUUUAGUGAAGGAGAAGGAAAAUACAAACAAAAUCGUACAUUUAGUUUCAAGACUGCCUACUUUGGAACAAUGACGCUUCUUCAAGACCUUCACAUCAAUAUGCCAUUCCAGUCGUGGGAGUUACGUCCACACGGCACAAACCACGCUGUUCUCAGUAUCAUUGCAGCCAUCAUUGAAGUCGAGAUUGAUAUCAAGGAGGACCAGUGUUGCUUAAUUAAGCCUGAUGAUCGCCCUGAAUUGGACUGGUUGGUUGGGAAGUGGAUGGCCCCACAACAACUAAAACAGAAAAUGAUUGCCAGUGGUAUGAACAUCUUCCCUAAUGAGGAUUCUUCAAAAUAUGUCCGCAUUCAAAAUAAGAACCCCAUCACUAUGCACAGGAUAUAUGAGCAAGUAGCUCUAACAGCCUCUGCCAUGGCUUACUCCUGGUCUAAGUGGAACGCACAAAUUGAUGACUUCCAUAAGGUGAUCAUCCAGGGUGCUGAAAUGCUCGAGGACGAACCACUUUUAGAGGAGGAUUGGUCAAUGUUCAUGAUUACAAGUAAACGAACAAUGAAGCUGAAGAUGACAGAGUUUGAUGAUAACUUUUCAGAAGAGGUUGCGGAAAAUACAAAUUUCCACGCUGAUUUAUACCACAUGGCGCAAGAAAUAGCAUCAGAGGAGGCCAAGCAACGUAUCACAAACACAUCAUAUGAAUUCACAGACUGUGUCCAGCAACUCAUGUUUGCAACUAAACUCCUCUCUUACUCUUAGUAAUCUGGAGACUAUUUCUUGGAGAUAUGUGAAUUGCGAUUUAUGGUUUUUAGUUGUCUUCAGUGUACAGUUGCUAUGACAAUAGCAUAAACGAGAUUAUAAUUUGGGAAAGUGACAUCCAUGACCUGAUGACAGUGAAAAGCAUUUAUUGAGAUUUAAAUUUGUCAAAUGAUUUUUUUUUUGUAAAAUUUGUCAAAUGAUGAUGGUCUUUUUUAAUAACUUUUGAAAAACCAAUCAAAGACAGCAUAAAGGGUUUAAUUUCAGAUUUCAACAGCCAACAUUUGUACAAAAUAUUUUUCAUUAACUCAACUGCCUCGGAUGGCUUAUUCAGACUGUAGCCAUAUCAUCAUGAACAUUUUGCACUCAACGGGUUAAACUGAACUCAGUAAAACAUAUCUGUGAUAUCUGUCUUCUUAAUCCUUCUUAAUCCGUCCAUGAUUUUAUAUUAUACAUUGUAGCUUUUAUUCUUAUGGAUCAGUCUUCAGAUCCAAUAAUGUGCCAAUGUACAUAUUAUAAAAUCCCUAUAAACCAUUUAUAAAGGUUGAAGCUGUACUGUGUCAAUCAGCACAAAACCGUCCAUAAUGUAAUUGUACAUUCCAUGUAAAUUGUAAAUAUUCAUUUCAUAUUGUAUUUAAAAAUUGUAUAUUAUUUUAAAUUGUUAUGAGAGUUUAUAAAAUAUAAGAAUGACGUGUGAAAACAUAAUAUAAAUUAUAAAGUGACAAUGUUCCUUAUUUUGGUUAAAAGAUGGUGCACAUGUAGAAUUAACGUAGUAAUACAACUUGCACGCUUUCAGUCCAUGAAUCAUACAUCGACAUUGAACUUCAACAUCCUCAUAAACAACUUGAUCGAAUAUUGGUUAUGCUCUCUUACAAUGUAUUUUGAAUAAAGCUUAAAAAUAGGUACAUUUGCAAUACAUUAAUUGUGAUGAGCUU